CACUCAAUUCAAUACUUGCUUCCGUCCCUUAGAUAAAAAGCACAGUCCAACAAUUCUAAAUAAUUCUCGAAGCAAAUUUGAUCGAGUCCACUUAAAUAUAAUGAAAUAAUUGCGAAAGUCACGAACAUCAGAUCGAUAAUCCAGUGAAAUUAUUAAUCUCUUCUUUGUAUACGAUAAUGUGCAUGUCACUAUACAUCAAUACGAACGUAGCAAAAACGAAACAUACCUGCACGAUGAGGGACAAAUUUCGUGGCGUACUGGAAUGGACAAACGAAGGCAUUCCACUUGGUACCCAGUCAAAUGAAGCUGCAAAGCUGUAUGAUGCCACUAUCACCCAAUAUGUGGGCUUGUAUGACGACGCUAAUUUUAAUGGCAUCGGUGGCUCGUUGAAUAAAAUGCUCGAAGCAGAUCCUGACUUUAUCGCUGGUAAAGCGCUCAAAUACGGUCUGGAGUUAAUGUCAACGGCAGAGACAACGCGAAUUAAUAAAGACCUUGCAAAAAACGUUGACGAUUUGGUAGCACAAGUUUCGUCAAAGUCCGACGCAAAUUAUCGAGAGAAGAUGCAUGUCCAAGCAGUUUUAAACUGGUCGCGAGGUAAUCUCAAUCAAGCGGCACAAGCGUGGGAGGAUGUUCUUGUUCAGUAUCCAACAGACAUGUUGGCGAUCAAGAUGGUCACUGACACAUAUUUCUUCCUCGGGAAGCAACGAAAGCUACGUGACUCUGUAGCUCGUGUAAUGCCAUUGUGGUCGUCAGCAGACUUGCCGCUUAAAUCGUAUCUUCACGGCAUGUAUGCAUUUGGAUUGGUUGAGACCAACUUCUAUGCUAAGGCUGAAAGCGAAGCUCGUAAGGGACUAGAAUGUGAGCCAAAAGAUGGUUGGUCCACUCAUGCACUUGCACAUGUUUUCGAAAUGGAGGGACGAGUGGAUGAAGGUAUUUCCCAUUUGUCGACAACGCUGAGUGACUGGGAAAUUUGUAAUUUACUGGCAACACACAAUUAUUGGCAUUGGGCAUUGUACCAUAUCGAGAAAGGUGAACCCGAAGCAGCAGUGGAAAUUUUUGAAACGGAAAUUCGUAAACGAUGCCACGAAUCAGGAGCAAUGCUCGACAUUGUUGACUGUUUUUCACUGCCAUUUCGACUACAAUUGGAAAAUCCUGAAUCGGCUGAGAAACUGAUUGGAAAGCACUGGUCCAAUAUUGUCGAACUGUGUGAGCCGCAUCUGAACGAUCAUAUUUUGUCGUUCAAUGAUGCCCACUUUAUGAUGGCCUUGUGCGGUGCACGUAAAUAUGCCGAGGCAGACGAGCUACUUGAAAACUCAUCAUCGGCUGAAUGGAUAUCGGGUAGUGAGGUGAACAGACAAUUAUUGAAGUCAAUAUUAGCGUACAGUCGGGAACAGUACGAAUUGUGUGUGGAUUUGCUGUAUCCUAUUCGCUAUGAUUUAGUAGUUAUUGGAGGCAGUGACGCCCAACGAGAUGUGUUUAAUCAGUUACUGAUUGCUGCAGCACUUAAUUCAACCAAAGCUGAGCAUCGGCGAUUAGUAAAGCAACUGAUAUUGGAACGAGCAGCAUUAAAGCCAGUUUCUCCGUUAACUGAUCGUCUGUCACUUAAAUUGAAUUAGAAUAACAUUAUGCUUUGUAUCAAGAAAUUUAUUAAACCGAAAUUCCAAUG